AUCAUAGUCCUUGGUGUAACCAUUAAAUAUUUCACAUUUAAUUUUCUAACAUAAAUGAAUUAGAUUGUAGUGUAAUAUAAGUAGUAAUACGGGCUCUACUGAAUGCAAUGUAGGUACCAGCUGUAGUAAGCCCAUCAUGCCCCGGGAUAUUUUGAGUGAUAGUUUAGCUGUCUUGAGGAUAGUUGAGCAUGAAGAUGAAGAGAAUUGGCCGCUUGAAAACAAACCAUCAUGUAAACAGAGUAAUAAAAAAUCAUCCAACAUUCCUAUGAACAGUCAGAAGUCUAUAACAAAAGAUGACUGCGCCUGUUAUUAUAAUUAUGGCCAUGGCGAGAGCGGAAACGGCAGGCAACACGAUCCCUUAUACCAAUAUAAAACGAGCAGCCUGCCACCUGCAUCAUCAAUCAACCAAUCCUGGGAUGAAAUAGUGUGCUCUGCAUUGCGUAUCACUCCUGAAGAUAUUGCUAACCAACUCACUCUGCUUGAUUUGCCUUGUUUUAAGUCUAUCAAACCGGAGGAAUUAACAACGUGCGGAUGGAACAAAUUGAACAAGUUGACGGUUGCACCUAAUGUGGUAGCAUUCACUAAAAGAUUUAACAGGGUUAGUUUUUGGACUGUACAGGAAAUAUUGAACGGGCAGACGCCAAAGGCACGUGCCGAAAUAUUGGCCCACUUUAUCAAAGUAGGAAAAAAGCUUCACGAACUGAAUAAUUUGCACUCUUUAUUCGCUGUUAUCUCCGCGUUACAUAGUGCCAGUAUAUACAGGCUAUCAAAAACGUGGGCGUGCUUAUCUAAAAAGGAUAAACAACAGUUCGAUAAACUGGCGGAGCUAUUCGGUGAAAAGGACAAUUGGACUGCACUAAGAGACUAUUUAAGAUGUAUCCCUUUGCCAUGUAUACCAUAUCUAGGUAUAUUCCUAACGGAUCUCGUGUAUAUUGAUAUCGCACAUCCCCCGGAUUCGCCCCACCGCGUGGCGAAGAUGGCAGUCGUGUUGAAAGCACUCGAGAAGUACCAGACGUCUGAGUACGACAUCCUGCCUCUGCCCCACGUUGCGAACUACCUGAAUAGUGUCCGCUAUAUUGAAGAACUACAGAAAUUUCUAGAAGAUGAUCAGUACAAAUUAUCGUUAAAACUAGAGCCGCCUUCGCCGGUCGGGAGCUGCGCUGGUUCCAAGGAGUCAGUCAAAGAAGUAAUUGCUUUAGGGGCUUCAAAUACAACUAACGUAUCGCCUUCACACAAAGUAGGUUCCGGCUCGCUGCGGCUGCAGGGCUCGUGUCACCAGGGCAAGUUCAUCCCCACACAUCGGAAGUGCCGGUCGCUCGGUUCCAACAUAUUUGGAAAGAGCCACACAGACGACAAGAUGGAGAACAAGACCCCCGCCGGUUCAGUGAACUUACUCGACGACACCCUGCUGGAGUCACCUAGUUCCGUUUCAGGCGGGAAGAUGUCUCAGUCGCUGCCGCACUCUGAUAUAUCGAGGGCUGACGUCAUCCAGUGCGACUUCCAAGGUUUUGUAAGGAGGAAGACCAUCUUGAAGGACGGACGGAAAAUAUCGCUGUCGUCCUGGCAGCGCUACUGGCUCCAGCUUUCAGGGAAUAUCCUCGUGUUUUACGCAUCGAAGUCCUUCAAAGGGACGAAUCGCAGCGACUUUCGCGACGAGAAGUGCAAGGUGCUAUGCUUGGUGGGGUGGUUCGCCAAGAUAUCUGACGGCGACAGCGCUGACGCAUUCCAGCUCAUCAACCAUCAUACCGGCACACUCUACAAGUUCAAGGCCGCUUCGGAAUCUGCAGCGAAGAUGUGGGUGCGAGUGAUCGAAGAUGUCACUACUAAGAUUGUGAAGCCCCUGCCGGCUAAUCUCAUGUCGUUCGAAUAGAAGUUCUCGCAAGAUACGCGGUGAUUAUACCUCGCCGCCAUUUUUCAAUCUCAAUCCUUGUACUACGUAAGUAACUAUGCCUUUUACGAACAAAUUAUAUUUUAGUUAUAAAAGCUUGUCAUUUUGUGUGCAUAAACUAAGAACUAUAUCGAUAUAUUUCUGUAUACGUCACAAAUGGUCGCCAUUUAAUGUAAAACGUUGUAUUGUUGUGUGUCAGUCAUUCUAGAGUUCCGUAGUAGCUAGUAACGACGUGUCUAACGUGUGUCCGUCCGGAAACUGCACAUUGUUUCAGUUGGUCCGCUUUGAUCUUAACGCGACCAACUCAAGUCCGAGCUUUAUUAAAGCUAAAAGCAAUCAAGUGAGAUUGGAAAAUAAAUAAGCAACAAUCCAUGAAUGUAAAAUACCGUUCAUCGAAAGCGGAUUAUGAAGAACAUUUCCAUUUAUUAACUAAAAACUUCGCGAUUAAAAUGUAAUAAAAAUAAAGAAUGCAUAUUGUAAUUGUACAGAAGUUGUAAAAUGUUUCAGUAUAUUAUUGAAAACGAAAGAUGAUAAAUAUACGGAACUUUAUAGUGAUGACGUAUUAUGUGUAGCAUACUCUACGUGGACACGCUUUCAGCGGUGCAUUUGUAUCAAUACUGUCGCAUUGUUAUUCAAUACUUCACAUAAACUAAGAUAAAAUGCACUACUCACUCGCUCAGACUUACAGUUCAUGUUAGUAUUUUGUAUGUUAAAAGCAGGCAGCCAAACUGUUUUACCGACACUUUUAACCAUUUGUUAUUUAAGAUACAAUUACAAUAUUUUUCAUUAAACUCUUACCUACAUAGGACGAUUUUAACAAAAGGAACAUAUCACAUAAUGUUAUGAAGUAAUAUUUUUUAUUCGACAUAGUAUGUUUUCUUGUUAGUCACAUUCGUCUUAACUUUUUAUCGACACAAUAUAAUGCGGUUUUAGGUAGCUAGAUAGCUUUUCUCACGUGAUAUUUUUUUUCAUUUAUCAAGACUGUUAUGUAAUACUAAUACCGUAUUUAAACAAAGUUUUACUCAAAAUGAAUACUCUGUAAACCGACAAAAUAUUUUAAGGAUACAUUUUUAUGGAACAUGAACAAAUUAGUGUGAUAUUGCUUGAGGCUAUAUACUUGCCAAUUAGGUUUUCUCGCUAAAUUAUUAUUAUUAUGAUAGAUUUUCUUGCCAGAUCUUCAGGCGCUCAAUAUUAACUUUUUUUAUACGUGUAACUAAUUGUAACUGCUAUCACAGGAAACACAAGAACAAUAAUAUAAUAUGCAAUAAGUUUUUAGCAAAUCACUUUUCGUCCGCACUUUAUACAAAUAAGUUUAUUCGAUAAAUUGUCUUUUACAGUUUAUUGUAGAUUAUCAGUCGCGAAAGCCUUUCAAUGUAAGGUUUAAUAAAAUAUUGUGGCGUCGCUUUAAUUUCUUGUGCUCACUAUUUCGUGUUGCUCAAAUGAUAUCGUCGCGUAUAAAAUUUAGCAGCAUUGUAGUGUAGAGCGCGAAAUCUAUUUUUUAAUGUAUCGGACUGCUAAUAAGGCUGUUUUUCGAACGCAGGAUGUCUUGCUUCAAUGCAGUAAUUAGAGGUGUAAGUAUUGAGCCUGCCACGGAUUUUGCUUUUUUGGUGAUAAAAUCUCAAAGAGCCUGAUACACCGGCAAUUUAAGAUUGCAAUCUAACGCAGCUGGCGUCUAUUCGCGAUUGUUUCGGUAUGUUAAAAGUAGCUUACUGGCAGGGCGCGUUAGUCACAAAUAUUUAAAGAAAGCGACAACGAUUUUUGAUCUGUGAACGAGAGUAAGAUUUAGUAUCUAAUAUCAGUAAGGUUGUUAGACGAUAUAUCUUCGUGUGGUCAAGCUUGUUGGUUAAUGUAAAAAACCGUACGAGUUUAUUAUUGAAAAGUGCUAACGUACAUAUUAACGCGAUCACUCGGUUAUUUUAGCUUGGUGCUAUAGCAUAGCAUAGAUUGUAACGGUAAGCGCGAUUGUAGACGUUGUUAUCGAACAUUUAUUAUAAGUACAUCUGAACAAUUGAUAUCAGUACCAUAAAAUAAAGAAAUAUUUUUAUUAUGAAAUAUAAACAAUAAAUCUGUUUAAAUAAAAUAGAGUUAAAUAUAGGUAAUAGAUAUUGUGCCAUUAUUAUCAAAACAAAGAAGUAUUUAAAAAAAAAUCUAACACAAAUGCGAAACCGAUAUUAGUAAGAGAAUCUAUUACUUGUUAUAUCUAUAGGUAUGUGUCUUAACAAAAACAAAUAAUAGCUUAUUUAUAAACAAUGUAUUGCACCCUAUUCAUUAUGAAUCUUACGGCUAUCGUAUUAUAUUUCAUUUUCGUGUGGUAUAACGCGACGUCCACGUCGACUUUUUUUACUAGAAUAUUUUAAAGUCACAACUUUACAAACUCGGAUAGAACAUUGUUCCGAACUAGAGAUUCACGAGCUUGUUGUACGUACAAAUUCGUAUAUUCUGCAACUUAAAUGAAUGUCUGCGCGUCGAUUUUUAAACGAAACUUUUCCAUACAUUCAGGAAGUUGAAUGAAUACUACAUUUCGUUAAUUAAAAUGUCGUAUGACUUUUCAACUUGUGCUGUGUACAGGUUUGUACCUUUUUAAUCGAUAGAACGAUUUUUAUAUACGAUAAAAAUGCUUUCCCAACAAAACAUCACUUUUUUCUUAAUAACUAUGUAUUGAAUAUUAAGAACGUUCAUCAUUUUGAAGUCAUACAUUUCUAAUUUAAUUUGAGUUCCUAUAAUACAAAGUGCAUAUUAUUAUAAUAGAGAAAUGUACGCUCCACAUUGUUCGCGGUAAACCACUGUUCACUCUUUGUUCAUAGCAUUAUAGCGGGAUUCGCUCGUACGCUUUCACGGUAGCGAUUCUGGUUGCUGCCUUAAUCCGGGAUCUCGAUUCUCGCAAAUAAUUAUCAUGUAUUCAGGCCUACCGAUAAUACCUAGUCAAUCAAAUAAAUCGCCGGAAUGUUCACGCGAAUAACUUAUUAGUCUAAUCACAAUACGUUUGCACUAAGUAAUUAGCAAUAUUUUUUACAUUCGAUACAUGUGAGAGAUACUGCUAAUUACUUUGUACAUUAACUCUACUCGAAACAUAAAGUAUAUACCAUCACUGACUUAUUUGACUCGUGUUUGUAUAUAAAUGUCAAGUUGAUGAUAAAGAAAAACACUUGUAUAAAAUGUUUCAAGAUAUUACAGCACCUCCAGUUCCCUUUGCCUUUUCAUAGCGGCUGCGAGUAUAAGCUUGUAUUCCUGGAAACGUCCGCCCGCUUUAACCUCGGGAAUUCACUCCACAGUAAAUAAAGUUAACAUUUAUUUUACUCUAUAUUCUGUAAAGCCGUUUGUUUUUUUUCUUUUAAGCGUUGUUUGUCUAUUGUUCACACUAGUUUUUGCUAGUGUUCCCUAGGUGUUAUUCUAAUUAAUUUUAUUCUGAUUCAGAUGAAUAUGCAUAAUAUUUUUCCUGGGUUAAAAGCUGGAAUUCUUGAGACAUUGUAAGAGAAUCUCGACAUUUUCGAAUCGUUUUCGUAAUUUAUGUCUCUGACCAAGUGCGCAAUUUUAUCAAGCAAACGUCCGCGCCGCUGUAACUUUUCCCAAACCGAGUGCAAUCUUUUAAAACUAAACAAGUUGCACGUUUGGGAAAGUUAUCAGUUUCUCAAAACACGAGUCACAUAAGUUAGUGUUUCCGAAUCUCCUAGCGGACACUUAGUUCCUAUUUAUACUAUUCUCACAUUCAGAAGUUAGUAAACUCUGUUCAAUACUAAAGAAUUUAGUCUGUGGUGCCUAGAGUGUUGGAAUAAUAAGCAAUAAAUUCAAGUGUUAGCAUACUGUUGCAAUAGUAAAGUUAUAGCUGUAUUUUAAAGUUGUAUCCGAUCUGUUUAUACUGUCUCGAAUAAGCAAGAAGUAAUCUCUGACUCACCAACUUUAAUUGUAACGAUAUUUUGUAUUGUGCUUAUAUGUCUAUUUGUUGUAUAUAAUGCCAGUAGCAGUUCGUCUUUUUUAAGAGCACAUGACCCAGUCUCGUGUGUGCCAUGUUCUGUGGAAAUUGUUUGCUUUCCGAGCGCCGACGUGGCUCGUACGGUAGCCACGUGCAAACUUGCUCUUUAUUGGACUGCAUUCACAACACUUUUCAAUUUAGUCACGACGCGACGUCAACGUUGCGACGUUCGAACAUGACGUAUCAGUGACGUAGGCGCAUCGGAUCGAUACAAUGUGAUUCUUGUUAUGUAGUUGCGCGUAGUACAAUACGCACAUUUGUUUAAUCGGCCUGCUUAUUAUGUAAGACACGACAUGUCUACUUUAGUUUGAAACAUGUUACGAAUGAAAGAAAGCAUUAUGUAUCACACGCGACACGAUGAAACUUUGAUUGAACUUCAUUUCAUCUAUAAUGGUUAUAAAUGCAUCCAUUAUGCUAAUCGAUAUUUUGUAUUAAAAUGCAAAAUGUUUUCUUUAUAUUACCAAAGCUACGUAAAUCUAUCUUUUGUAUUCUAGUUUAAGUAUAGUUAUAGUGAGGCUAUGAUAUUUGACUGAUACUGGAAAUGUUAUACCGAUUCUAAAAGGACAGACUAAAUAUUGAAUUCUUAACCUAGUUGUUGAACGUUGGUUGAUUGUUUAUGGAACUGCUACUAGACUCUGUUGCAUAACUUGCACCACUUUUAUAAUUGUUGUCAACUUAUCACUAUCUAUUACAGUCUCUUAGUUAUUCCUAUCGCUAUUAUUAAUUGAGGUACGAAUAUCAUUGUAAUUAAGCUUUGUACGACAUACUCCUAAGUGUAUUUAAUAGCACUUGUGUGCUCUUGUGUUCAAUAAAAUUCCUACAAAAUAUA